CUUCCUUUCUCCUCACUUUGCAUACAUCGACGCUGAAAUAAAAGAAGUCAGGAUGUAGAAGGCGUCAGGGGACGUCCACAAACCGUGCCCCCCCUUCCUCCUCCUCCUUCUCCUCCUCUCCGGACAGCCUGUGGUCUCUGCUAGAGGCUGAUCUCUCUCUCUCCAUCAGCCGCCUGAUGCGCUCCGCUCCUCGGCGCAGGAGGCUGAAGACGCGCCGGCAGAGGGGAGGUGCUGCGAGCCGCUUCUUUCCUGCUGGAUGGACCGCUUCUCCUCCUAGUCUUCAGUCCUAGCUAGGCUUUGACGACCUUCCACUUUCUCCAGAUGUCCGCUGAUUUUGAGCCACGUCGAGCCUGAAGGUGAGCAGCACUUCUUCUGCAGACUACUUCAGCAUGGCCACAGGAGUCGCAGCAUGGCUCCCGUUCGCCCGGGCAGCCGCCAUUGGCUGGAUGCCCGUGGCCAGCUGCCCCAUGCCUGUGGCACCUGCAGACAAUCGUCGCAGACAAGACGAGCUCAUCAUCCUGAACGUCAGCGGGCGUCGCUUUCAAACCUGGAGGACCACUCUGGACCGUUACCCCGACACCCUGCUCGGCAGCUCUGAGAAGGACUUCUUCUACAAUGACGAAACCAAGGAGUACUUCUUCGAUCGGGACCCUGAUGCCUUCAGGAGCAUCCUUAACUUCUACAGGACGGGGAAGCUUCAUUACCCUCGCCACGAGUGUAUCUCGGCCUACGACGAGGAGCUGACCUUCUUCGGCAUCAUCCCCGAGAUUAUUGGGGACUGCUGCUAUGAAGAGUACAAGGACAGGAAGCGGGAGAACCUGGAGCGGCUGCAGGAUGAUCAGGAGGAAAACAAAGACCUCAAGCUUCCCAACAUGAACUUCAGGGAGACCAUGUGGAGGGCCUUUGAGAACCCUCACACCUCCACCAUGGCCCUGGUCUUCUACUAUGUCACCGGGUUCUUCAUCGCCAUCUCGGUCAUCACCAACGUGGUGGAGACUGUGCCGUGCGGCUCCACCGCCACCCGGAAAGACAUGCCAUGCGGCGAGCGCUACACGGUGGCUUUCUUCUGCAUGGACACCGCCUGUGUCAUGAUCUUCACAGUGGAGUACCUGCUGCGCCUGUUUGCCGCACCUAGCCGCUACCGCUUCAUGCGCUCCGUGAUGAGCAUCAUCGACGUGGUGGCCAUCUUGCCGUACUACAUCGGCCUGGUGAUGACCAACAAUGAGGACGUUAGCGGUGCUUUCGUCACGCUGCGAGUGUUCCGUGUGUUCCGCAUCUUUAAGUUCUCGCGGCACUCGCAGGGCCUGCGCAUCCUGGGUUAUACCCUCAAGAGCUGUGCUUCAGAGCUGGGCUUCCUCCUCUUCUCACUCACCAUGGCCAUCAUCAUCUUUGCUACGGUUAUGUUCUACGCCGAAAAGGGUUCCAGUUCCAGCAAAUUCACCAGCAUCCCGGCUUCCUUCUGGUACACUAUUGUUACCAUGACGACGCUGGGAUAUGGAGACAUGGUGCCAAAGACCAUCGCUGGGAAGAUCUUCGGAUCCAUUUGCUCGCUGAGCGGCGUGCUGGUGAUUGCGCUGCCAGUGCCCGUCAUCGUGUCCAACUUCAGCCGCAUCUACCACCAGAACCAGAGGGCGGAUAAACGCCGCGCACAGAAGAAAGCCAGACUGGCCAGGAUACGCUUGGCCAAGUCGGGGAGCGCCAACGCCUUCCUGCUGAGGAAACGCAACGGACUGCUUAAUGAGCUGCUGGAGCUGACGGGUGCAGAGGCUGACAAGCAGAAGCUGGCAAAGCCGUCGUCUCUUCUGGAGAGUCAACACCACCAUCUGCUGCAUUGUCUGGAGAAAACCACUUCUUUGUUCCCCCUUCAGGCUCAUGAAUUCGUAGACGAGCAGCUGUAUGAACAAACCUGUUUAGAAACCAUGCUGCAGAGCUUCCCCGCCCGCAGACAGUCUGGAAGCAGCGCUGAGGGCGUCACGACCACCUGCUGCGGACGCAGGGCCAAGAGGAACGCUCCACUGGCCAACGCUGCUCUGCACCCAGGACCCAAUCAGCAGAGCCCCUUGCAGGAGCUCAGUGCCAUCCACAUACAGUGUGGGGAUCGAACAGCGCACGCUGCCAGCCGUUCAAACCUCAACAUGAGGGCCACAGAUGACGUGGGCAGGGUCAACUGCAAGAGCGGUCGCAUCACUACGGCCAUCGUCAGCCUUCCCACGCCCCCUUCUUUGACGUACGAUGGCGACAACCUCAGAGGGCCGCCAAGCCGCAGGCCGCCCCCUUCCUCGGAUCAGCCUGAGGGGGCCAGCAUCCAAACUACAACCAGCUCAGCCAACAUCGUCAAAGUGUCCGCCCUGUGAUGUCCGUCUCACUUAUGAUGAUGAUGAUGAUGAUGAUGGAGACAUUUGUAAAUGUGUCUUGGACAAAAAGUGACAUUUGUGAUCAUUUGAGAGACAUGAUGGUGCAAUUAGCAUAUCAGUCCAGAAGGGGGCAGUGUUGCGCUUCGACAAUGUCACUUCCAGUUAAUGUGAAAUGGGUUUUUUGUCUUCAAGUGUUGUGUGUUGCUUGUGUGUCACGUUGUUGAAAACCUCAAAACCUCUUUUCUUUAAGGCAUCCUUUUCCAUCACAGUUCUACCUAGCAACAACUACGAAGCACAUUAACUGUUUUUGUCCCUUUAUGUCCUCAUUUGGACUAUUUCACAAGACAUUCAUUGCACACUGCUCAUGCAGGUCAUGCAUGUGUGGAACUCGUGAAUAUAAAUGAAUGAAUUCAAAUAAGUACACAAUAGCUGUGCAAUUAUUCGGCUAAUUUCUUUGUGUAACAUUUAAAGUGAUGCUUUUCUAUUUUUAUACACAAGUAUUCCAAAUGCUCGGACUAACAAUGACAGAUGCACACAUGAAUGUAAUAAUCAGUUGAGCAACAUUUUAUAAAUGUAUCGCAAAAAAAAAAUAAAACAAUGUGAUGUGUUUCCAUGAUGACCAAUCGUCCAUCUUCCUGUAAAGAAACAUUUUUUCCUGCUGCUUAAAAACAAAACAAACCUGAAUCUGAAUGCACAUCUGCUCUGUGGUUAUUUCUUCUUUUCUUCUUUUUUUUUUAAGUGUGUUUGUUAUGGAAGCAUCCAAGUGUCAAAUGAGAAUUAAAAUCUGCCUAUCAA